UUGUCUCUCACGGAGGACUGCAUUGUCUGAAAUGACUGAUUACGUUCAAUUCAUGAGUCUGUUCAUGUAUUCUAGUCGAGGCUCAGGUGGUGUUAUAGGACGGGAAGCAACCUGUGUUCAUGAAUAGCGCGUCUCAUAAUGAUGAACCGGAUACAAUCACCAAUCUUCUAAGGACUUAAUUCUAUUCCCAGCUCCGGCGUCAUAGAGCACGAAACUUACUAGCGUUGCAGCAUCCAUUUUGUGAGCUGCAGUAAAACAAGAUUGUGUAGGCCUAUGAGAAUAGCAAUAUUCUACUCAAGUCUUAAAACAGCGUGCGUCAGAGGCCGCGGGCAGUGCACGAUUAAGCGUGAUACGAGCAAGGAUGUGAUUUCGUGGACAUAUCUGAAUAAGCUGCGGUAAUGGAUGUGAAAAUAUUUGUAUGUUCAUUUUUAAAAAGAGAAGUACGAAUCUCGAUACAACAUAAUCAGGCCUGAAGUUAUAAGCCGUUAUAUUGAGAUGGACGCAGUUAGUAACCGUACCGUUCCCGGAAUAUCUGAACCAGUUGAUGGAAGUAGCGAUUUACAAAAUGAAUCUUAUAAGGUUUCAACCGAUCAGGAUACUAUAUCAGGACUUCAACAUGAAGGAAUCGAUGUAUACUGUUCCCCAAGAAUUCGCAGAAAACAUAGAACGUCUGUUGAGGGCGCUAGUGGACCUAACGAAGAAUUUGAUUGGCUGGAAACUGUUGACCAUAGUCUUGGUAUACCAGCAACUUUACACAUGACGAAAUGUAAAAGCAACCAAGAUAUUAACUCUGAAGCAUUUUUGAAAGAAAGCAGAAAGAGUAAAGCUCACUCAAUGUUGUUACUUAAAGAGAGUGAUCGCCUUUCACUUCACAAUUCUUGCUGUAAUCUUUUAACAGGGAGAUCAGACCAAAAACGUCUGACAAGUCCCGACGUAGCAAAUAUGCGAUCAACUGAAAGAGACCAAAGUAAAUCGUGCAAUGACCUUACGAAAGCCUUUGAGAAAUCUUGGGGCAGAAACUUACUAAAAAGUAAUUGCACAAGCAAUGUAUCUUUAAAUUCUCACCCAUCAACACCCGGGACUUUACGAAGCAGCAGGGUCAGUUUAUUAUCGGCAAAUGCUGAGUCUUACGAUGAACUUUAUAAUCAGGCUUUCAAUUCGACCUUUGUGUCUGGGAGCACGGAACAACUUGUGGAAGACAGACAACGAAGGAAUCAAUUUGUUAGAGAUUGGUUGGAAAAAACUGAGGUUGAAACAUUCGCUAUUGAAGGACAGUAAAACUUCAUAGAUAACGAUUACAGAGAUAAGAAACCUUUACAUUCACCUACAUGAUUUCCAUUUAUUAGAAACAUUCCAAUCCUGCAUGACGCGGUAGGACUAGAAGGUAAUGAUGUUAUUAAAAAUGAUCUGCACAUGCGAGAAUGUUAAGUUCUUCCCGUCGCUUGGAUUCUGGGAUGCAGUUUGGUCGAAUCAUCGAGAACGUGAAUUCUUUUUAGCAUCGCGUUGUCGUGCAAAAGCAAAAAAGCUCCUUAUUGUCUUAUUAUAGGCCUUUAACACCCACACCUUAAACCUACUGUAUGAUGAUUUCAUAAUAAUUAUUUGGUGUGGUCGGGAGUAAAAUGUAAAUAAUAAUUACGUACGGACUCAUCAUUAUGAAUUGAUAAAGAAAGAAAAUAGAAACAUUUUUAACUAAUUAAAUUAUUUAAUUUAAAUAAAAAUAGUUCUAUUUAAUAUAUUUCAGAUUUGAAUAAACUAUAAUCAUUGAUCUGUUAUCUAGUUUUAUGACGUAAGUAUAUGAAAAUUAUAACAAAUUCUGAAUACACCGUAAGUCCAAAGUGAAAUGAAUGAUCGUAUAAGCUGCGCCAAUUCAACGACAAUAAACACUUAUACUGGGUAUGCACAUUCUUAAAAUCCAUUAUGUCAUCAUUCGUGAUUAAUGUUUAUAUCGUCAAUCAACAGCUAAUGUAACAUCACACAUAAUGUGGGUGACAAUUAUUGAAGAGUUUAAUGUUGCAGUUACUACUCUGCAAUCAAUCUAAUAUGCUGUCAGAUUUUACAAUAUCUAACUGUAGACCACACAGUAAAUGGGUGCUCAGCACAAAGGCUGAAUGACCACAUUAAAUGUUUCAAGAAAAAUUAGUAUUUCAAGAAAAACAGAUGUUAAAUAUGUCUGAUAUCUAGAAUGUUACCCGGAAAAAAAAUGUAAAUACUCAACAUUCGUUGGUGAGUCAUGAAGCUAUUAACUGGGAUUACAUAGAGAUGUAUUCGUCUAUGCUAAAGCACCAAUGCAGAAGACUUCUAAUGUCUAACUUAGCGACACAAUAAUUUGUGUAUGUUCUUCCAUUGUGAAAAAAAAAAUGACACAUUCAAAUACGAUAAAUUACUACAUAAAUUUGGUUACCAAUAGUAAUAUACGUUCUAUGAUAUUUUUCAUGUUUCUACAGUUCAUAUUCAUGUAUUUAUUAUGUUGCCACAAUUAAUCUGUACUAAAUGAAAUGUACAAGAUUGUUUGUCCAUCACGUUUGGUAAAUAUUAAAAUUGAUUUUAAUUCAAUAUUUAAGUUGUUAUUAUCUAUUUAAGCUAAAAUUUCAAAGGACUUCCGAAGUGAAACUUGUUUUAUAACACAAAAUUAUCUUUCUAUAUCAGUAAAUGUAAUUGUUGGUUUCCCUUAAAAUUGUUUACAUUGUAAACCUAUUCAAUAAUUUUAACUGAUUGUCGAGCAAACAGACUUAAUGUUCAGCAUUUUAUUCUGCAUUAUCUUAAGACAAACCAGAAGAAAGAAAUCAGUAAGAUUGUUGGUUUCCUAUAAAAGUAUCUACAUUAUAAACCUAUUUAAUUUAAUGUAUUGUCGAGCAACUUUACAAAACAAUAAAUAAACUUCAGGUUAAAAAAAAUGCUGACCACUUUAGUGUUCAAUCAAAAUUUUUAGAGUGUGGAUUUAUAUUAUUGCCUGAUUAAUGCUUUAAAUUCAAUCUAAAAAUAAUCUUAGAAUUUAGUUUUUAAUUUAUAAUAAAUAUUAUUCUUUGUAUUUAUUUAUUUCAAAAUUAUACAUAUCUCUAUAUUUCAUUUUCCAAUCUGAGAGAUGUAAAGUAAUUUAACUCGGAUGGAAUUUUUAUGAACAAAAUAAAGCCCCGGGGUUUAACGCAUCACUUAUGCUACAUUUGCGUUUUCAUGGAAUGCACACUAUUAGCAAAAUACUAUACUGUACUGCAAUAAUAUUGUGUAAAAAUUACGGAAUAUUAUAUUAUAUUAAAUAUGGUUUUAAACAUAAUUGAAAUAAAAAUUUAAAAAGAGUGUGACAAUAUUUUACAUUAAAGAUCAUAUGUUUACUUAAACAUUUUAAGAUCUUCAGUAUCGACAUGUAAUGUUUUGUAAUUUAUCGAGAGUUUUUAAUGAACUGGAAUGAGUAGGUAUACUAUAGGCCUACAAGUAGAAAAAUAGGAUGUUUUUUAGCAUAGUAAUAUGAAUCUUCCCUUACAUAAAUGUUCCAAAAACAUUUAUAGUAAUAAUAUUAAAGAUGUUAAAAUAAUUUAUAAUUGUCUUCUGGAUAUGUUUAUAAGACAUGUUUUAAUUACAGGAGAAUCCUAUUAGGACGGACCUUGCAGAAGUAAAAACUUUGUCGGUCAAGAGUUCAUAUGUAUUUAUAUUCAAACGUAUUUUGUUAUGGAAACUGUAAUUUCUAGAUAAACGUGAACCAAUGGUGUUUAUUUCUGACGUACUCAUGCGUAUUAUUGAAACAGUGACAUUUGAGAGUAAUUACGAAUCUCAAGAAUCAAAUUUCUUAAAUUAUAUAGAACGUUUGAAAUUGUUGAAACUGUAAUACAUUGAAGAGAAAUCACACGAGAAUUAUGUAUAUUAUAUUAAUAAAGUUUUACUUGAUUUCUAUAUUUUGUGCACUAGAACGUAGACGUAGGCGAAAAGAUUAUUUAUAUAUUUUUAACCUAAAAGUGUUAUAAUUUUGAUGAGAAUUUCGUUAAAUUUCAAUAAUUUGGAUAUUAAUUUAAUAAAAAGGUGCUUUUUAUUGAAGUACA